AUGUCGCAAUCAACAACUGCGGCAUCUAAUUCUGGCUUUUUUCCAGGUUAUUUUAGUGGCAAUGGUAAUAAUCAGCCACCACUACCUUUAAUGAGUACGUUGCCUAUUCCGCCACCACUUCCACCAUCAGAUUCUAUGCAGCCACCACCAGCUCCUCCGCCUUCGUCUGGUUCUACUGGGGAUUUACUACCUCCUCCGCCGCCUAUGCCAGCCUUACCUAAACUCGAUACAAGUAUUCCGCCUCCACCCGUAGCAUGUCCUCCUGAUGUCUAUCAAGCAUGGGCAUUACAAUGGUCAUACUAUCAACAAGCACAACAAGUUGCUGCCUAUCAAAAUCAACUUUAUCAAUCAUUUGCAAAUCAACAAAAACCAUCUCCGAAUCCUGUACCACCCGUACAUAAUAAUAAUACGUCGAAUGGCUUCAAUAAUCAACAAACUCAUAAUAUGAAUACAGCUCAAUCGAAUUGGCAACAACCAAAUCCUUCGCCAUCAUUUCGGCCAAGACAAGCACAACAAUCGCAUAGACCCCGAUUUUCAGCAAAUAAUAAUAAUCAACAACAACAACAACAACAAUAUCAAUCUUACAAUAAUGUUCCACCACCCUCGAAUAUUACUCAAUCGAAGCCUCAACAAUCUGGUAUCAGAUUUCAAUUAAAUACACGUCCUCAAACCACAAUAAAUAAAGGUGGACGACGAACACGUUUUUCUUCGCCACCUAAACAACAAAUGGCAUCAUCAUCCGUGUCGUAUCCGACACCCAUGACUACGCCAGACCAUCGUAAUGAUGUUACAUCAAUGGAUACAAGUAAUUCAAAUGAACAACGUCCAAUUAUGAGUGCCAUUGAAGCAUUUAAAUUAGCCUGUGAUAAACAAAACUGGCCUGAGUCACUAAAAACAUAUUGGCAAUCCAUAGAAAGUCGUUGCACAACAGAUCUGUUACGUUCGCAAGCUCAGGAAUGGUUUCAAGGUGUUCUUGUGGAUGCAUUUCGAAAGAAUGUUGUUAAAACUAUUGAUUGGAUCAAUAGGCCUAUUCCCGAAUUUCUUCGUUCUGAUUCUUCAUCUAAUGUGCGUUCAAAUGCUUUUGAUUCCUCGAGUACAAGUUUACUUCAAAUAGCUAAAUCAUCUUACGCUGAAAAUAAGCAACGUGAAGAUUUAUCUCGUUUAAAUAAGCUUCGUCAAAUUGCAUCCGAAUCUGUUCAACGUGCCUUCGCAGACGACGACGACGAUGAUGAUGAUGAUAAUAAUAACAAUGAAAAUUCAUCAUCACGCAAACGUUCAUCUUCAUCGUCAUCGUCUUCAUCAAAUGAAAAUGACAACAAUAAUUGUGCAAAAAAUACAACAAGUCCGCCAUUUUCGAAUAGCGCUAGUCGUAAACGUGCGAAGAAACCUCGACGAACAAGAAAAGCAAAUAAAAAAAUGCAAUUAGAAGAAUCAUCUAAACCAGAACACACUGAACGGCUCGAAAAGCGACGAAAUCGUUUUACUAAUGAAACAAUAUCAGCAAUCAUCAAACCAAUACAAGCGCCUAGUCUAAUUACAGUAAGUGAUAGCACCAAAAUGUUGGUAGGCACCAGUCAAAAAUUGGAAAAAAAUUAUCUACGUUUAACCAGUGAAGCUGAUCCGGCCACUAUUCGUCCAAUAUCAAUUCUUGAACGUGCUUUUUCUUUUGUUAUGGAUAAGUAUAGAUUAAACAAAGAAUGGUCAUAUAUAAGUGACCAAUUGAAAAGUAUUCGGCAAGAUCUUAUGGUACAAUCAAUAAGAAAUGAUUUUACAGUAUUAGUUUAUGAAGAAAAUGCACGAAUCUCACUUGAAAUGGGUGAUCGUGAACAGUUUAAUCAAUGUCAAACACAGUUAGAAACAUUGUAUGAUAAUGGGUGCAAUCGUUCACAUAUAAAUGAAUUUCUUGUGUAUCGUUUGCUCUACUCGUUGCUGCUAAAUGAUUAUAAAAAAACAACUCGAAUUUUAAUUGAUAUUGAUACUGUAAAAAAAACAGCAGCAGCGAACGGGAAGAGCAAAGCAAAGGAUAUUGAACAUAUUAAUCUUGCACUAGAACUGUGCACGGCCAUUCGCCGAAAAAAUUACAUACGUUUCUUCAUUAUCUAUAGGUCCCUACCCCAACUUGCUUCUUGUUUAGUGAAUCUCUUCAUUGAUAUUUAUCGAAAACAAGUACUCAAAGUUUUAAUUUGGGGAUUUGCUCCAUCGUUUCCGAUUGAAGCUAUAACUGAGAUGUUGGCAUAUGGAUCAAAUGAUGCUUGUCAGAAGCAUUUGACUACAUUGGGUAUUACAUUGAUUGAUGAGUCAUCGUCUGGUGUUUCUAUUGAUUGCAAAGCAAGUCGGGCCAUUUUUGAAAAGAAAUAA